GCCUGGCACUGGCCACCCUGCUUCCAGGGCUGCGCUGGGCUCUCACCGCCCCGGCCGGGGGCUUCUCCCCAGCUUUGCCGGGCUAUUCCGAGUCCCCAGACCUGGAGUUUGAAUAUGCAGAUACGGACAAAUGGGCUGCAGAGCUCUCUGAGCUGUACAGCUACACAGAAGGCCCAGAGUUCCUGCUCAACCGCAAGUGCUUCGAGGAGGACUUCAGGAUCCACGUGCGGGACAAGAAAUGGACCGAGCUGGACAAGAACCAGCACCGCACUCACGCCAUGCGGCUCCUCGAUGGGCUGGAGGUCACCGCGCGGGAGAAGAGGCUGAGGGUUGCCCGAGCCAUCCUUUACGUUGCCCAAGGCACGUUUGGGGAGUGUGGCUCCGAGGCCGAGGUGCAGGCUUGGAUGAGGUAUAACAUCUUCCUUCUGCUGGAAGUGGGGACGUUCAACGCUUUGGUGGAGCUGCUGAACAUGGAGAUUGAUAACAGCGCGGCUUGCAGCAGUGCCGUGAGGAAGCCGGCCAUCUCUCUGGCUGACAGCACGGACCUGAGGGUGCUGCUGAACAUCAUGUACCUGAUCGUGGAGACGGUUCGGCAGGAGGCCGAGGGGGACAAGCCCGAGUGGAAGAGCAUGAGACAGACCUUCCGAGCAGAGCUGGGAGCCCCCCUGUACAACAACGAGCCCUUCUCUGUCAUGCUCUUUGGGAUGGUGACCAAAUUCUGCAGCGGCCACGCUCCGCACUUCCCCAUGAAGAAGGUGCUGCUCUUGCUCUGGAAAACCGUGCUGUGCACCCUGGGGGGCUUUGAGGAGCUCCAGAGCAUGAAGGCAGAGAAGCGGGAGAUCCUGGGCCUCCCGCCACUCCCGGAGGACAGCAUUAAAGUGAUCCGCAACAUGCGAGCUGCUUCCCCACCCGCGUCCGCCUCCGAUCUGAUUGAGCAGCAGCAGAAGCGAGGCCGGCGGGAGCACAAGGCCCUGAUUAAGCAGGAUAACCUUGAUGCCUUUAACGAGCGGGACCCUUACAAAGCUGAUGAUUCCCGUGAGGAAGAGGAGGAAAAUGAUGAUGACAACAGCCUGGAGGGAGAGACCUUCCCCCUCGAACGGGACGAAGUGAUGCCUCCCCCCACUCAGCAUCCCCCCAGUGACCGCAUCACCUGCCCCAAGGGGCUGCCCUGGGCCCCCAAGGUCCGAGAGAAGGACAUUGAGAUGUUCCUGGAGUCCAGCCGCAGCAAGUUCAUUGGCUAUACUCUGGGCAGGUGGCACAAGUACACGUCGAUCGCUGAGGUGCAAGUGCACAUGGAGGACGAGUACCUGCGCUCUCCGCUCUCUGGGGGGGAAGAAGAAGUGGAGCAAGUCCCUGCGGAGAUCCUGUACCAGGGCCUGCUGCCCAGCCUGCCGCAGUACAUG